AUGGAGCAGAUUGAAUCAAGACAGGUUUUUCCAAGCGUGGAACCUGGAUAUUUAAGGCCACUGAUCCCUGAUUCAGCUCCAGAAGAAGGAGAGACAUUUGAUGAGAUUAUGAAAGAUGUUGAAAGAGUGGUCAUGCCUGGGGUAACACAUUGGCACAGUCCUUUUUUCUUUGCAUAUUUCCCCACUGCCAGUUCAUAUCCAGGCAUGCUUGCUGACAUGUUGUGUGGAGCUAUAGGAUGUAUUGGCUUUACUUGGGCUUCAAGUCCGGCAUGCACAGAGCUGGAGACAGUUAUGUUGGACUGGUUGGGGAAGGUGAUAGGUCUGCCAGAGGAAUUCCUAGCCGGAAGUAAAGGCGAAGGUGGAGGAGUAAUUCAGGGAACUGCAAGUGAAGCAACACUAAUGGCUCUCCUUGCUGCAAGGACCAAAGUUGCCAAACGACUUCAGAAGGAAAACCCCGACUUAAGUGAAGCAGAGAUCAUUGGUCGCAUGGUGGCCUAUUCUUCAGACCAGGCUCACUCGUCAGUGGAAAGGGCUGGACUAAUAAGUGGGGUAAGAAUGAAGAAAAUCCAAUCAGAUGAAAACUUUACUAUGCGUGGAAAGAAUCUUAAAAAGGCUUUAGAAGAAGACAAGGCGGAAGGACUGAUCCCAAUGUUUGUCUGUGCCACACUAGGAACAACAUCAUCCUGUUCAUUUGACAAUUUGAUGGAAAUUGGGCCUAUUUGCAGUGAUGAAAAUCUAUGGUUACACAUUGAUGCAGCAUAUGCAGGAAGUGCCUUUAUUUGUCCUGAAUUUAGAUACCUUAUGAAAGGUGUGGAGUUUGCAGACUCGUUCAACUUUAACCCACAUAAAUGGCUGUUGGUGAACUUUGAUUGCUCUGCAUUUUGGGUAAAAAAAAGAUCCGACUUAAUCGGUGCCUUCAAACUCGACCCUGUCUACCUUCAACAUGACCAUCAAGAAUCAGGUCUUGUGACAGACUACAGGCACUGGCAAAUCCCACUUGGAAGGCGAUUUCGUUCUUUAAAACUGUGGUUUGUAUUAAGAAUGUAUGGUGUGAAAGGACUUCAGGAAUAUAUCCGUAAGCAUGUUCGACUGGCUCAUGAAUUUUUUGGAGUUUGUGAAACAAGACGACCGCUUUGAAAUCUGCGCACAAGUUGUUUUGGGUCUUGUAUGCUUUCGUUUAAAGGGUUCCAAUGAAUUAAACAAAGCACUUCUACAAAAGAUAAAUAAUGUGAAGAAAAUCCAUAUUGUGCCAUGCUGCUUAGAAGAUAAAUUUAUUUUACGUUUUGCUGUAUGUUCUCGAACUGUUGAAUCCAAGCACAUUACAUUUGCCUGGAAACAUAUUGAAGAACUGGCCACUGAACUCCUAAUGGAAGAGGAACAAGGAAAGUAA